GUUAAUGUGGUUCUGGAGAUUUGGAAUAUUGGAAUACUGUUAUGGUCGAUUUUUAGAAUUUUAAUUGCUUUAAUAUACAGAGAAAAACACCCCAUGGUAUAUUCAUUAAAAUGAUUUCAUUAUUGGCUGAAUGAUAGUGCCUUGAAGCCACAAACUACAAAAAACUGCCAAAAAGUUUCUAUUAUGCUUAAAUUCAAGGAUUUGUAAAAGUCAAUGAACUGGAUAAUGACCCCUCCAAAAGACAAUAAUCCUAUAUUAUCCUGAUCGCAUAUGAAACCAAAGCUGACCCUUAGGAGAUGAAACAACAACAGACAUGGAAACUGAGUCAGUGAAAUCAGAAAACAGUUCUAAAUCUAGAAGGUCCAGGAGCCACAGGGACAGAAACAAUUACAGACAUCAUUCCCAUAGAAGCACAAGAAGCAGUAAAUCUCGGAAAAACGAGGAUAUGGCCCCCUUUCAAACAUCAGUGACCCUAACCCCAGACAACCGUGAUGGUCAAGAAGUCAUUGAAGUCCAAAUCUUACCACAAGAUGACAACUGGGGUGAAAACACCACUGCCAUAACAGGUAACACAUCUGAGCAAUCUGAAUCCACAGAAGAUGUCAGCAAUUGGCCAGGAGAGCCUGACACAGGCAUAGGAUUCAUGUGCCAGCGCUACAUGGGCACCACUUUCAUGUACAUACUAUCAUUCAUUGCUUUUUUGAGUCCUGUAGCUAUGGUGGUACUACCCAAACUAGGUUUCUUCCCUGCACUGUCUUCUAGGUUAGGUUUGGCUGACACCACCAAACUCCUGGCUUGUGGAGCUGAAUGCAAGGGGCAGCUAGUGUCUCUAGCUUUCAAGAUGGCUAUUCUAGCCAUUGGUGCUUGGGCUGUUUUCCUGAGGAAACCCCAUGCCACCCUACCACGCUUCUUUCUCUUUCGUGCUGGUGUUCUAGCUCUUGUUAUGGUAUGCAGCUUUGCAUAUUGGUUGUUCUACAUAGUGCAGGUCACUGAAACAGCUAGGGCUGCUAUAACCCCUGAGGAAACUGUAGACUACAAGGCUUUGGUAGUGUAUGCAUCUAGUUUGACUGAUACUUUGUUGUUUGUGCACUAUCUUGCUGUUGUACUUGUGGAAAUAAGACAUUUACAGCCUAUGUAUUAUAUAAAGGUAGUAAGGAGCCCUGAUGGGGCUAGUAGUGCCUAUGGGAUCGGCCAGCUUAGCAUACAAAGAGCUGCAGUUUGGGUCCUUGAGAAGUACUAUACUGAGUUUCCCAUUUACAACCCUUACUUGGAAAGGAUCCCUGUUUCUAAAUCGCGGAAAACUUCAUCUAGCUUCAAGUUUUAUGAAGUAGAUGGUAUGAAUAACUCACAAAUCCAGCAGUCUCAGUCUAGGGCAAUGCUAGCUGCCCAUGCUAGACGUCGUGAUUCCAGUCACAAUGAGAGAUUUUACGAGGAACAUGAGUAUGAAAGGCGCGUGAAAAAACGCAGAGCUAGGCUGAUAACAGCUGCUGAGGAAGCUUUCACCCACAUCAAGCGCUUGCACAACGACCAAAUUUCAUCUAUCCCCAUGGAUCCCCAUGAGGCAGCUCAGGCCAUCUUUCCCUCCAUGGCCAGGGCUCUGCAAAAGUACCUCAGGGUCACUAGGCAGCAGCCCAGGCAUUCCGUGGAGAGCAUCCUGCGGCACUUAGCCAGCUGCCUGAGCAACGAUCUGACGCCCAAAGCGUUCCUGGAGCCUUAUUUAGUAUGCGAACCGGUUUUGCAGAACGAAAAAGAGCAUAAAGAUGUUCAGACUUGGGCGCUGAUUUGCGAGGAGUUGUUGACGAGACCGAUUGGGGACGGUGUUACGUUUCAGUUGAGGCAGAAUGAUGUGUCUUUGUUGUGCAUCAUAAAGAAGUUGCCGCACUUUAAUGUGACAGAGGAAGUUGUGGAUCCUAAGAGCAAUAAGUUUGUGUUGAGGCUGAAUUCCGAGACUUCUGUAUGACCUAUGGAAAAUUCAAGGUCUUUUGAUAGACUGAUUUGAUGUCAUAUCAAUUUUUUUUCCGGGUAGUUGGGGGUACUUAACCAAAAAAGUUAAGUGGAGAGUUUGUUUUGAGUGAGAGAAGUGUCCUUUUUUUGAUGGUUCUAGGAUAUAGGUAGAUGUGAUGUUUUUAUUAGAUUUUAAAAAGUAAUAUUGGACUAUAAUGCAAAAUAAUUGAUUCUUAGUCAGAUGUAGUGGAGCAAUGUUGCAUUCAUAUUUUUCAAUUUCAAUUCCCUUCAAUCAAUGAUGCCGGCAAUAAAAAAUUGUUAAAUAUUUAUGUACCAAGACUACCAAGGACAAAAAACCUGUCUAUUGACUAUUAUAGUCCAGUGUCCAGUGUUGUUCCUGGGCCUGGGUCGGAUUUUUUCGUAAUAGAUUUUCUUGGAAAAUAGUAACAGAUUUGUAUCAAACGGUAAUAGAUCCGAAAAAUCUGACAUUUGACAUUCUGAAUGUCAUUCUUGUCAAACCAUAUCGCACAAAUUAGACAGUUUUGACAGGAAUGAGGCAGAAGUGUCACAGAACUUAUGACAUGAAUAUAGAACAUAGACUGUGACAUAGAUUCAUA